AUGCCUUCCGUCAAAAACCCCAACGGCCCGUCCAAGAACCGGCUCGCCGCCCGCGCGGCCAAGGCCCGCAAGACGAGCCAGAAGCGCUCCGAGGAGAACAAGCACAAGAUCGCCAAGGUGGACGUGAGGCGCGGCGCGCGGCCGGGCCUCCUACCGAACAGCGGGCCCAACGCAAAGGUCAGCUCCAAGAAGGCGCGCAAGCUGCAGAAGAAGCUGGGCUACGCGAUGCAGCGCAAGGCAGAGGCCGAGGGCGAGGCCGUCAUGACUGAUGCCCCGGCGGAUGAGGAGGAGCGACUAGGACCGGACGAGACGGAGAUGGAGGGCAUUCUGUAA